AUGCCAUUAACACCAGCACAAGUUGCACAAGCAGUAGCAUUAAUUGACCAAGGGCUGACACAGCGUGAAGUUGCUAUUGUGCUUAACGUACCACGGUCCUCAAUGCAGUAUUCACUGAAACGAUACCAGGAGACAGGACGCUACACCCGCAGGCCAGGCAGUGGGGGCGUAAGGUGCACAUCGGCCCGGGACGAUCGUUUUAUUGUUAUGGAGAUUUUGAGAAACCGCUACCUGACCGCUGUUGAGAUACGCCAGCGGCUCCAAAUCGCAAGAGGCGUUAAUGUUAGUGAGCGUACGGUGAGAAGACGAAUGGAGGAAGUGAAUUUAAAAGCUCGUAGACCAGCACGAGGUCCAGAACUUCUCAGACAGCACCGAGUAGCCCGACUUCAGUUCGCAAGAGAACAUGUCAAUUGGACCCACGAGCAAUGGGCUAGAGUGUUGUUCACAGAUGAGUGUCGAAUAGCUUUACGUGCUCCAGACGGUCGAGAACGAGUGUGGAGAAAAAGAGGAGAGAGCUUUCUACCCAUUACCACCACCCAAACUGUGAGUUUCCAUGGAGGCUCAAUAAUGGUAUGGGGAGGUGUAAGUUCCGACGCACGUACAGAGUUGGUCAUCGUCGAUAAUCGGCUUACAGCUACUCGAUACAUCGAGGAAGUUCUUCAGGAGCACGUAAUUCCUUAUUCGGGAUUCAUUGGACACGACCAAUUCCUCCUCAUGCACGAUAAUGCACUACCGCACGUCGCACAUUGUGUAGAGGAAUAUCUGGAAGAGGUUGGAAUACAAAAAUUACAGUGGCCAGCUCGUAGCCCGGACUUAAAUCCAAUUGAGCAUGUAUGGGGUAUGUUCAAAAGAAAGAUAAAGUCCAGCUCCAAACCGCCACAAACUCUAAAUGAGCUCCGAAAUGCAGCGCUGGCCGCUUGGGACAGCAUACCGCAAGUUGAUGUCAGAAACAUCAUUCAAAGCAUGCCAGAUCGAAUGCAAGCGGUUAUCAGGGCUAGGGGAGGAAACACCCGAUAUUAA